AUGGAUUCCCAGUCUAUUUUUAACCAGGCUCUGUUUCGCUUUGCAGCUCGUCAAAAUGUGUCGACUCCCGCUACUACUCAGCCAAACGGUGGUGCUGCAGAAGACAGUACCAUGACAUCCAUCGAUGAUGAUAGCAGUUUCCAAAGCAGAAAAGACACCACUUUUUCUCAGAAACAAGGUGAACCGCCCCAAGAGAUCAAUAUCCAAGCGCCUUCCAACCUGAUAGAGUUGACCCGCAAUGAUCAGUAUCGUGUAUCUAAACUAAAAGCACUCCCAAAAAUUCUUGCCGAAGAAGAAUGUGAUGGAUUACAUGGUUAUAUUGACCAGUAUUCUAAAUAUGCGUGUGUUUCGUCAAGUGGCUCUGUGGAUAUUUGGAACUAUGCCUCUACAGACCCUACUCCAAUCACUUAUACCAUUGACUCUGAUGAGACUUUGCAAAAAAAUAGCAACAAUAUCCUUCCAGUAUUGGUUCUUCCAUCUCCUGGAAUCAAAGAGCCUGGCUUAGUUUCAAUAGAUACGGUUACCGGGGAUAUCAAAUACUACGAAUACGUUUUCAGCGACUCUUCUGUGAGUAUGAUCUAUCAAAAGGAUAAUGUCAGCAAGAGAAUCUCUUUAUAUGCUGGCGAAGUCAUUACAAUGUAUGAAAAUAUCGAGCCUGUUGGGAUUGUCAUUGCCACUUCCCAUGGACGAGUCAUAUUGAUUUCCCUUAGAGACUCAGCAGGAAAACCAAAUAUCCAAAUCAGUAAUAUCAUUCUGUCGUCGUUCUUGCCAUUUUUCAGAUCAAAAGACCAAAUCGUUUCGAUAAAGGGCGGUAAGGAUUUGGGUCAUGGGACGAAAUCGCUAUCAAUUAUCACUGAUAGUGGGUUAUUUACGUUGUGGAGUGUGGCCCGUGAUGGUCAAGCCAUUAAGAUUUAUGAGACUUCGGUGACCGAUCAAUUAUUGGGAGAAAUAAAGGAUUUGUACGAAAAUGACAACAUUACUAUUUUGGAUAGUCAUCCACUAUCAACUGAUACCGAUGAUGAGCAAGAAGCCUAUUUGGUGUUGACUUCUGUCGAGAAUGGCGCUAAUGAAACUUGUUAUAUAUUAUUUACCAUGGUGAGAAAUGGCGAUGAGUUGAUGGUAUUUUCUGCCUAUAGAUUGACCCGCUACACCAAACCAUACCAGAAUUCUGUCCCAAAGUUGUAUUUGCCUAAACCUGAGAUGACCGCGUUUAUUGUGUUUGAAGACGCAAUUGUCCUUGUCGAAGUCACUCAAAAGCUUGAGCACUCGUUGGUGACCAACAGAAAGUGGGAAGAUGUCGUAUUAUUCAGAUCUGGGGUCAAAAUCAUCGGCACCGGUUUUGAAGAUUAUAGUUAUGAAGAUGGGGUAUUUACCAAUUUGCCCUCUGUAAUAGUAGUUUCUAAAAAAGCUGGGGUAUUAAAAAUUGAAAGAUGCAUCAGUUCAGAUGAUUUGAAAGAUACUCAACAAUCGUUUACUUCUACUUCAUUCACAAAAUCUAAAAUUGAACAAGCGGUUUUUUACGGAUACACCGAUAACAAUCCUUUAUUAUUUAAUGUUCCAGAAAACACCAUUAUCGAAGAGUCAGAAAUCGAGCAAGCAAUUAUUAGUGUUGGUGACGAAUUAGUGGGAUCAAAAUCCGCGUACUUGCCUCCAAGACUAUCGUCUUUGGCAGGCCAUUUGGAAUUGAGAUUAUUAAAAUUGAAAAAUUUGGCAGAAUACGUUGCUGUCAAUUUCAUUCAUGAGAUCACCACAAAUACUAAAAUGAAGGUUAUUAGUGAUUUGGAGAAAAUCAAUGCCGCCUAUAAGAUUUGGUCAGUUCUUGAACUGUACUAUUAUGCCCCAGAAGGGAAACAGAUCAUUGAAUUUUUCUGCAACAGUAUAAAGGAUACCAUUGGAGGUGAAUCUGCUGUUGAAAAACAAAUCAUUGAGAAUUUUUUCUAUUAUCACGUUGAUAAAAUGGGUCAGUUUUUGAGCCAGAUUACCACGCGGUUAUUAGAAAGUUUCAAUCAGUCUAAUUAUUCGGUAGCGGUUUUAUUAGUCAUCAAGAGUAUCAAAGAGGGAGCUAUCGAUGUCGAAACUGAUAUCAAGAACUUAUUCCAAAUGACCAGUCUGGAAAUUGGCACCGAAAUUCCAUGGAUUCUUGAAGGUGAUUUAUGUUUUAAACUCAAUGAUUUGCAUCAUAGCUAUCAUGAAGCGGCGGCAGAAUUUGCUAAUAGCUCAAAUACUGCCGAGGUCGCUAAUCAUUUGGUAUCGUUGGUGUCGACGCUUUUUUUCUCUUUCAAUCAAGGAUUGGCGUUCUACACCGCUAAGUCUUUGACCAAGGCUACCAGGGAAGAAAUACAAAGGUAUAAGUCUGUUUAUGAAAGCAAUCGUGGUAUUUGGAUCAGCUCAUUGACAGAGUUUAACGAAAUGAAUGCCGCGUUGCAAUUGGCGGAAAAUUUCGAGGAUUUGCUUUCUUUAGUGAGAAUUUGUGAUGGUGAAAAAGAUCGGGUAUUAUCUAAUGGACUAGAUGAUACAUUUGUGAAGGAGCGCUUGGAUUCUUAUUUUGAAAAGUUUGGUUACAGAUUUGCGGAAACUUUGUACAAUUAUUACGUUCUCAAUGGUAAAUUACAAGAAUUGUUGUUGGGAUUUCCAAAAUACAAUAGCCUAUUGAAAAGGUUUUUAAGCUCUGGUAAUCACGGAAGAAUCUCUUGGAUUAGAAACAUUUUGGAUGGUGAAUAUUUUGAUAGUGCUUAUGAUUUGUACACCAUUGCCAAUAAAGCUGAUGAUUUGGUGAGUAAUAAGAAAUUACAGUUAAGCGUUGCCAAGCUUAGUGUUUUGGCCCAAGAUGAAGAUCAAUAUAAUCCAAACAGUGAUGAUAUCUUGGCGGAUAUUGAGACUGGGUUGACGGUUUUGGAUAUCCAAGAAAACUUGUAUAAUCAAGUAUCUGGUCUCGUUCACUUUGAGGAUGAUUCGGAUUUAGUUACAGAAACUGACAGAGUUUUGGCUUUAUUGACCAGCUAUUUACAAAAAAGAAGUCCAAUUGUGAAUUUUUUGAAUUUAAGAAAGCAUUUGUCUAAAUUAUUAUCGAACAAAUCGGUUCCAGCAACCGAGUUGAUUGAUUUAUACACAUUGCUAGAUACUAAAACUCCGGAAAUGAAGAUGAAUUUUUAUCAGGCUUUGAAGUUGGUGGGAACUGGAUUUUUGAGUUAUUCGGAGAAGAAUAUUAGCGAGAUUUUGAUUUGGAGACGGGCAAUAUUGGCUGAUGAUUGGAAAGAAAUUGGCAAUUCUGUCAAUAGAACUCCGGUGUUCAUCAAAGAAAAGAUGGAAAAUAGUGCGUUAUGCAUCACAUUGUUGCAAUGUUUCCAGGAUGAUCUAUUUGCCACAAAUAACAAUAAUCGUAAAAUAAGGUUACCAGAUCUUGAAUAUUUGACCCAACCAAUUCCUCAAGAAGAGGUUGCCAAAAGAUAUGGCAAGAAUUUAAACCAAGCAAGUCUUGCAAGCUUGACCGAGCAAUUGGACAAGGAAGUGCAAUUGAUAAAAGAUAUCAUGGCCAGCUUUGACUUUGAGAAUUAUGUGAAGGGGAUUAUCGGUACAGCGCAAACCAAUUCUGGAUCAAAAGAGGUUGUAAAUUAUCAAACUCUUGAGCUUGCUUGA